UUCAAUCCACGCAUGCACAUCGUGAAGCUUGCGAGUAUCGUAUCAACGCGGUAAUGCAUCAAGUUUUUUUUAUAAACUGAUACCUAACAAUGGUAAUAGCACUUCUCGUUGACGAAAUAUGUAAAAAUUAAGAGUGCAAAAGUUUAAGCAAGUGGAAUAAAGACUGGCAAAAUGCAUUGGACUUACAUUUAUCAUGUCUUUUUCAUUAUCAAUAUUUUUGUUUCCACAUUUGGCUACGAUUUGAAAGCUUUUGAUGAUACUGUCUUGUUCAAAAUAAACUGGCCUGGAAAAACUGUAUCUGAUUUACUUGAUACUCAGGCAAAUGCAGAGUCAUAUACGAUAACAUCAGCAAACAAUGAGAAAUAUCAUUGCUUCAUUCCAGAAGUAUCAGAAAAUGAACUUAAGCCAAAUAUGGUAUAUACUGGGCCAAACCCUAUAGAAUAUUUAUCAGUAUUGUUUGAUCAGAAUGCAUGCUCUUACAGGAUAGAAUCUUACUGGACUUAUGAACUUUGUCAUGGAAGAUAUGUACAGCAAUACCAUGAAGAACGUGAUGGGAAAAAAGUUAAAGUUCAGAAAUAUGAAUUGGGAAAAUUUGAUGCUUUUCAAGUAAAAAAACUGAUUGGAGAAUAUAAUGAAUAUUCUAAGAAUCCAAAUAGGAAGUCUGAGAUUCCUUUAAAAAAAAUCGAUGGGGUCAAUAUGCCCUAUGUUGAGAUUGAAAUGUCAGAUGGAACUAUGUGUGAUAUAAACAAUAAGCCCAGGUCCAUCAAAGUUUUAUAUGUGUGUUAUCAACAUGGAAAACAAGAAAUUUAUUCCGUUAAAGAAACUGCUACUUGUGAAUAUGAAACUAUCGUUCUUACACCAUUACUGUGUAACCAUCCUGAUUACAAACCACAAGAUACUGGAGAGCACAAGAUUAAUUGCAGACCCAUAGAUGAUGCACCUAAAAAACCAUUAUCGUUAAUGGUUAUGGAAUCAGAAAGCUUAAAAUUAAGGCAACAGAAAGUGAUGGAUGAGAAGCCUCAAAAAGUCAAUCUGAUCUUCCGUAUAGAUAAGGAUAGUCAGGAUGGCCAGCCUCAAUUGAGAGUUGAAGUUCACCCAAUAGAUUCAAAUGGAAAGCAAUUCACUCUUGAUGAUGUUCUCAAUCCAUCAACUGAAGAAGGAAAUGAAUUGGCUAAAAGCAAUUCAAUUCGAAACUUUUUGAGUGGACAAAACUGUUUGAAUGGGGGUAAUGGUUGGUGGAAAUACGAAUUUUGCUAUGGUCGUACAGUUAGUCAAUACCAUAUCGAAAGUGGAGGGAACAAGAAAGUUUUAAGUUUAGGAGUGUUUAAUAAACAAAAACAUAUAGAAUGGAUAGAAGUUAAUACCAACAAAAAGCCAAAACCUAUUGGUAAGAGAAAGCAAGUUUCUCAUUUCUACAGUGAUGGUUCAAUUUGUGAUUUAACUGGAAAACCUCGUCAAACAGAAGUAAAAUUGAAGUGUGUUACUAAUCCUAUGGGAAGUCAAUCUAGUGUGUCACUGUAUUUACUUGAACCUACUUCAUGUGAAUAUGUAUUAGGUGUUGAAUCACCACUUAUUUGUGAAAUACUAGAACAUGCGGAUGAUACAUAUGGUCUCAUAAGUGAAAAAGCUCUAAUGAAUUUUGAUGAAUCAAAGUCAAAUUUACAAGUGCACAAUAACAUGGAGGAAGAUAAUGAAAGGAUAGCAAAUGAAGAUGAAUAAUUAAAAUUAGGGAGUUAAAAUUCUAACUUUCUUGAACAUUUUUAUAUAAAAAAUCAAGUAAAAGCUAAAUAAUUGGCAAUCAUACCAUUUGCAAGAGAUAAAUGUAAAUAUGUUAUCAGUUUGUUAUCUGAUAUAAGUAUAUGCUUUAUUUUCUUUAUUUUUGAAAUUCAAUUUUAUAACAAGUUUGUUUCUGAAAUAUGCAAAUGAGACAUCAUGUUGUAAAAUAAAAAUAAAGUAUAAGCAUAAGUUAAAUAAAUGGUAUCUAGUUUGUUUAUACCA